GGGAAUAAUAUAUGUUGCUAAGAUAGGGGUGCUGCUGGCUUCUUUCCAUUGCUCACCCGUGUGUUAUCCCUCUUACAAUAUUCUAGACGUUUCCUCUACCUCUCCUGUAUUUUGGGAACCAGAUCACAGGACUGUUCAGCACAAAGAAGCUCAACCUGCCCAUGUUCACUGUCCUGCGACGCUUUUCCAUCCUCUUCACGAUGUUUGCCGAAGGAUUCUUACUCAAGAAGAAGUUCUCUUGGGGUAUUCAGAUGACGGUAUUUGCCAUGAUCAUCGGUGCCUUCGUAGCUGCCAGUGCUGACUUGGCAUUUGAUCUGGAGGGAUAUAUUUUUAUCCUGAUUAAUGAUGCCUUAACAGCUGCAAACGGGGCCUUUGUGAAACAGAAGCUGGAUUCAAAGGAGCUGGGGAAAUACGGUCUGCUCUAUUACAAUGCACUGUUUAUGAUCCUGCCCACCUUGGUCAUUGCCUACUUCACUGGAGAUGCGCAGAAGGCAAUGGAGUACCAAGGCUGGGCAGACAUGUUCUUCAUUGUGCAGUUUAUGCUGUCAUGUGUGAUGGGGUUUAUUUUGAUGUACUCCACGGUUCUUUGCACUCAGUAUAAUUCUGCUCUUACAACUACAAUAGUUGGCUGCAUUAAGAAUAUUUUAGUAACCUAUAUUGGGAUGUUUUUUGGAGGAGACUAUAUUUUUACAUGGAUGAACUUCAUUGGUCUAAAUAUCAGUAUUGCUGGAAGCCUGGUGUAUUCCUACAUCACUUUCACAGAGGAGCAAAAGAGCAAGGAGUCCGAAGCUGGCAGCAAGAUGGAUAUUAAAGGAAAAAGCUCUGUGUGACCAAGCAGAGGCUUUUUUUGGGAAGCAAUCUAUUUCUGUUCAGCUGAUCACGGGCAGAAUGUGGGAAGGAAUCCAGGCAUCUGCCAUGGAGUAACAGUGAUGCUCUUAAUUUGCACAAUCUCGAUGGCUGCCUUUACAAAUCAUUGGGAAGAUAACUGCACGGUGAAGAAGACAUCUAAUUCAGACUGAUCAUGAGGAAUUAAUGGGGUUUUAAUCACGCUGAGAUUUGGCAGAAGUGAUUGGCACAAGCAGCAUGUGUUUGAAUCAUGGAGGACUGUGUUGGCUCCGAGGGCUGUACCUGAGCAUCCUCGACCACAUCCCAUCUUGGUGCAGCCACCAGGGUGGAUGCUGGGUCUGCUGAUGGUGCUUUUAGGAGGCUUAGGGACAUUCCCAACAAGAAGGUUUUAUCUCCCACCAGUGCACUUGGCAGGGCCACAGCCUCACUCAACCCACCCCUUUGGAUUUGGGAAAGCUGCUGGCUGUGCUGGGGCAGGGAACCUCACAGGGUGCUUUGGAUCAGUAGGGAGCAGAUCUGAAAAAUCCAGUGCUCCUGCCAUCCUCUUCCCAUGCAGAAUAAUCUAGAAGAGCCCCAGGGACUUGAAUCCUAGAAUCCCAGCCUGGUUUGGGCUGGAAGGACCUUAAAGCUCCUCCAGCUCCAACCCCUGCCACAGGCAGGGACCCCUUCCACUAGAGCAGCUUGCUCCAAGCCCCUGUGUCCAACCUGGCCUUGAACACUGCCAGGGAUGGGGCAGCCACAGCUUCUCUGGGCACCCUGUGCCAGCGCCUCAGCACCCUCCCAGGGAAGAGCUUCUGCCUAAGAGCUCAUCUCAGUCUCCCCUCUGGCAGGUUAAAGCCAUUCCCCUUGGCCUGUCCCUACACCCCUUGUCCCAAGCCCCUCUCCAGCUUUCCUGCAGCCCCUUCAGGCACUGGAGCUGCUCUCAGGUCUCCCCUUCAGGAGCCUUCUCUUCUCCAGGCUGCCCCAGCCCAGCUCUCUCAGCCUGGCUCCAGAGCAGAGCUGCUCCAGCCCUCGCAGCAGCUCCGUGGCCUCCUCUGGACUUGCCUUGUUUUAACAAGUCAAUGGGAGCUGCCUGGGGUUUUGAGGUGUGGGGUUGGUCCCUGCAGCACUGAGCACCAGCACUUCUGCUUUGGCCAAGCCCCGUCCUGCAGGUCGCAGGGUUUUUGAUAUUAAGUUGUUUUUGGUUUGCGACCCAUCAGAAGAAUGGGGUUUUUAAUAUGUUGGCAGUGUUAGCUGAUUUUUAAAGGUUGUUUUACACAGCACUUCUUUCUAGGUCUCUUCUUAGAUUGUCUUUUGGUUUAAAAAGGACUGUUUAUAACUUUGGUUAAAAAACACAAUUUUGGUAAAACUCUGUAUUUAUGAAUUAUUUUGUAUACGCUGCUUUGGUAACCAGGAAAACAGCUUCUACACACACUAGAAUUUGUUUCUGGAAGAUACUUGCUAAAAACUUAACUGCUGUUGGGCAAAGCUGCAUCUGUGGGGGUGCUUAACACUGAAAUCCUUACAUGCGCUGUGGAUUGCUGUAGCAGUGCUGCAAAAGCCUCAUGUGCUGGUAUGAGGCUGCUGCUGCCUGCUCCAGAAUCCCCCUUCACCUGCGAGUUCCUUCUGGUUUUGCCACAUUUGCUUGUCAUUUGGCCGUGCUGAGGCCGUUGCAGUCAGGAAGUCCAUUCUGUCUAAAGCCCUGAUGGGGUUUGGAGUUAUUUUUUGAAUCUGCUGGUUAGAUUUGUUGGUCCAAAUGAUAUUUUUUAAAGCUUAUUUUGUCUGUAACCAGGCACCCUUCGGUGCCAGGCUCUGGAUGGUAUUGCAUACACUGGGAAAGCAAACAGAGUUCCUACCACGCUAUUUUCUAUGCUAUUAGUCAACUAAAAUUGUUUUCUACAUAGAAUCUAUUUACAAAAUGACCAUUUUAGUGAUUAAAAGGGUGACCUUUUGAUUUGAAUGUAUGGCAGGCUUUGGAUGUCAGUCAGUAACGAGAGCAAAAAGAAGUUUAUGUGCCUAUGUAUUUUUGUACUGGCUUCAAAUAAAGCAGUGUCUUUCAUUCCUCCUA